AUGAAGUUUAAGCGCAUGCCCAUUGAGAUUGAGUCGCCUGAGGAGUAUGGCUACGACAAGAUCAAGUACAAUCUCUCAGAAAGCUCUGUCACCGAUCAGACACUUGAGUCACUGGACCUUAAGAUACCGAACCUCACCCUCCUAUACAAUGAACACCGUGGCGAGACCAAGUUGCGAAAGCUUAUCGCCGAUGACGCUGGAGUGAGUGCUGACGAUGUUCUCAUCACCUCGGGGGCUGCUGGGGCGCUGUUCAUCAUCACGACCUCUCAACUGGGUAGCACACCUAACUCAGAGCGUAACCAUCUUGUCGUGGUGCGUCCAAAUUACGCAACUAAUUUGGAAACCCCCAAGGCUGUUGGCUGCGACAUCUCAUACAUCGAUGUUACGUUUGAGAGUGGCUUCCAGCCCAACGUGGACGAGAUUGAGGCUGCUAUCAAGCCCAACACUCGCCUCGUCUCGGUAACAUGCCCGCAUAACCCAACUGGUUCUACUCUCUCCAGAGAGGCACUCGACAGGCUUGUUGCAAUCACAAAGAAGAAGGGGGUUUUGUUGCUUGUCGACGAAACGUAUCGGGAUAUCGCAUUUGCAGAGAAACUCCCCGUCGCUGCCUCGUUGGGUGGUCAUGUUCUGAGCGUUUGCUCACUCUCAAAGUCCUUCGGUAUGCCUGGAGUGCGCAUCGGCUGGCUCAUCUCCACCAACAAGACACUCCAGGAGACCUUUCUUGCUGCAAAGGAACAGAUAAGCAUUAGUGGCAGCGUCAUCAACGAGUGGAUCGCAAUCGAUGUCUUGACCCGUCGUGAGAAGAUUCUGAGCGACACAACGGAUGAGAUGAGGGUCCGACUUCAGAUGGUUGAGUCUUGGAUUGAAAGUGAGGAGUUGCUGGAAUGGGUCAAGUCGACUGGCGGAGUUGUCUGCUUUCCUCGUAUCAAGGAGGAGCCCAAGGGAGGGUUUCCGGCCUUCUACAACAGGCUUCUCAACAAGCAUGCAACAUAUGUUGGGCCUGGUCAUUGGUUUGAAUUGUCUGAUAGCUUCUUUCGGCUCGGCUAUGGAUGGCCCACUCGGGAGGAGCUUGAAGGGGGCAUGAAGGCAAUCUCGGCUGCGCUGCGAGAUGAGUAG